AUGGAAGUGGAAAUUAUAGAACCAAAUAAUUUGGAGAAUUUUAAACAAAAAACUGAUAUAUUUCUUCUUCAAAAUGAAGCAUUUAAUUCUAAGAUACUGGGAUUAGAACGCGAUACAUGCAUUGAAUAUAAUACGUUUCUAAGUAUUAUUCGAAAUAGUGAAACAAAUCUAAUUGAACUAGUAUCAAUAUUUAACGAUAAAUAUCCCGGUUCGCUGUCGAAACAAUUAGAACAUCAAACAACUGAACAAAGAAAACAAAUAUUUCAAUUUCUAGUUAAAACACUUUUUGAAAAGAAGAUAUGGCUUAAAGGAUUAUUUGAUGAACCAUAUAAUUGUCUAUUAUUUGAAAAAUGUUGGAAAGAAGUUCUAGAAAAUAAAUUUAAACAAAGUAAAUAUGAAUUUCAUUUAGUUUUAUAUCAAUUAAAUAAACAUAAUUUAAAAUUAUUUCCAAGUGAAAAUAGAAAAUGUCAAGUGGUAACUUUAGAAUAUUUUGAAGUUUGGAAACAAAGAUUAUUGGGAUUUGGAAUGAAGUUUUAUGUUGAUAGUAAAGUAGAUUUAUCAAGUUGGAAAACUUCUGAAGCAAAAUCUGAAUUUAUAGAAAAAACCGUAUCCAGAUUUAUCACACUCAAAUCGCUCUAUGUAUUAUGUGAUUCUAAAACUAAUGAACCGCAAUCUAUGUCUUGUGUUGUCAGUAGAAGCUUAAAUGGUGGACGAAUUGCAUUGGUCUAUACGCCUCCAAAUUUGAGAGGAAUUGGUUUGAGUAAACAAUGUGUGUCACAAAUGUGUGAACAUUGUUUCGAAAUUGAACCUAACUGGAAAUUUAUGUUUCUUUAUGCCGAUUGUGAUAAUCCAUUGAGUAACAGUGUUUACACAAAAAUUGGAUUUGAACGAAAAGAGUUGUGUGAUGUAAUGCAAUUUGAUUAUAAUUAG